GAGUUUAUAUAUAUAUAUAUUUUUGGCAACGGGCCAUCGUGAAGUGAGCUUGGAAAGCAGGGAGUUCUGCCUAUUUGCAUUUCAAAUUGUUUGCGAACAUCUAAGAAAGGUUUGCCAAUUCUGAUCUGAAGGACUCUUAAAGACAUCUACCCAAUAGUCGUUGGUUGAGCGAUGUAAGAAGUGGCCAGAACGAACAAAACAGAGCAACAAGAGAUUAAUCUCAGCCAGGAAAAACAGAAAUAAGACCCCGCAUCACCAUCCAGCAAGAAGCAGCCAUAAAAUGUGGUGCUGUCAAGUAUUUAUCUUAGCUUUAUUUGCUCACACAAUUGCGACGGAGUUCCAUUCCAGCGCAGCUCAUGCCGGAAUUAGUUUCGAAAGCCACUCGCCGACCCAAGGUCCGGAUGCAGUGACUCCGACUACCAGACCAAAGCGUCGCGUGUACGGCAUGUGCCCGCCGCAGUUCCAGCGCGUGGGCACCGAUUGCUACUCCUUGGUGGAUCAGCGCAGCAGCUGGCUGGAAGCCCACUUCUUCUGCAAGGACAAGAACGCAAAUCUCACGGAACCGGGCAAACAUGCCGACCGCAAACUGAGGCAGUUCCUUCAGAAACAGGAUGCGCUCUCAGGUGAAAAAGACCCUAUUUGGCUGGGUGCCACCUACGAUCACCACAACAGCCGGUGGCAGUGGAGCAUGAGUGGCCGCAAUCUGACCAACGACUCCUUCAGCCACACUGACCCCACCUAUGUGCAACUUAUCUCCAACAGCCAACCGCUGGAUAAUAACUGUGCCAUCUACGAUCCGAAUCUCAAGUACCGCUGGUCGGCGCGUUCCUGCUCGGAUAAGUUGCGCUUCAUCUGCCAGCAUAAAAUGCCAAAGGUGAGCGGGCAAAAUCGCUACAGGAUCUACAACCGCUGGAACGCCACCUAUCCGAAUGAGCAGGCCAACGAGGUGGUCCUGGAGAUCCUGGAACCGCGUGAAAACGAUCGCAGAUACCGCCGUGUAAAGGCCGAGGGCAGUGACGAAGAGAUAAUCAUUCCCAACCGACGCCGGAAUAACAACCGCCGGAAUAACCAGAGGAAUCGUCAGAACCAGAAUCAGCACCCCAACGAUGUGAACUACCAGCCAGGACAGCAGCGCCAGAGGAAUCGUCCUCGUGUGACCACUGUAGCGCCAGCGGCACCGCAAUCGGCUAGCCCAUCAAAUGACGUCCUCGCUUCCCGACCAUCGCCCCAGCAGGUGACCCAGUACGAUCGCAAGUUGCAACGCCAGCGAGAAAGGGAACGUCGCCGCCAGGUGCGUCGCCAGGAGCGCCAGAAAUUGGCUCGUGAGCAAAAGCGAGAGAAACAACGCCGCCAAAGGGAAGAACGCCAGCGAGUGCAGCGUUUGCGCCAGGAGGAACAGCAACGCCGGCAGCAGGAGCAAGUCUCGAACGAUGACCCAAAACGUCCGGAGGUCGAUGAGCUGCGUCAGCGUUCUGAAGAGGAUAAGGAGAGGAAGCUGAGGGAAGAGCAGCAAAAGAAGCAAAGAGAGGAGCAGGAUAAGAAGCAACGGGAUGAGCAAGAUAAGAAACACAGAGAGGACCAGGAGGAAUAUCAAAGGGAACAGGAAAGGAUCAGGCAGAAGGAAGAGGAACAGCAGGCCUCUAAUCACCGGCAGCAGCUUAAAGAAAACCAGGAGCAACAGGACCGCGAACUGAAGGCCAAGCAACAGCGGGAGCAGCAGGAACGGGAGUACCAGCAGCUAAAGCGGGAGCGCGAGUUGGAGCUACUGAAGCAACGCCAGACGGAAGCAGCCCGCCAGCAAGCCGCAGACGACGAGGCGGAGAAACUACGCCAGGAGCGCAUCCAGAAACAGCGCCAACUGGAGGCAGAAGAGCGACGAGAACGCGAGGAGCAGCACCGCAAGCAGCGCGAGGAGCAGGAGAAGCUGGAUCGCCAGAACCACGAAAAGCGUAAGGCGGAGGAGCAGCGACUACGAGAGGAGUAUGAGGAGAAACUAAAGCAGGCCAAUACUGAGCGGGAGAAGAAACUGGCAGAGGCCCACGAGGCCAAGAGACGCGAAGAGCUAGAGCUGCAGGAGCAGCGGGAGAAACAGGAGGCCGAACGCCAGGAACAGAUCAGACUCGAGCAGAUGGAGGAGGAAAAGCGCCAGGAACUGCAGAGAAUGGAGGAAACGCGUCGCUUUGAGGAGAAGGAACUGAGGCGCCUGCACGAGGAAAACUUGCGUCGCGAGGAGCAGCAGCUUCAGCGGGAGCGGGAAAUAGCACUCCGGGAGGCCGCUGAGAAGAAACUGGCCGAGGAAGAAGAAAUGCUUAAAAAGGAGCUGCUAGAGGAGGAACGGGCGAGGAAGGAGCGCAUAGAAGAGGACUUACGUCAGGCGGAAGAGGUGCGCAAGGCCGAGGAGGCGAAAAAUAAGGCUGCCGAAGAAGCCAAGGCCGAGGAGCAGAAGCGUCGCCUGGAGACGGCCAAAAAAUUAGCCGACGAAGAAGUCCAGGCCAAGCUGGAGGAGAAGCGCCGGAAUUAUGUCAACCGAAUUUCGGCUUUGAGUGCCGAAGACCAGAAGAAGUUCAUCGAGAUGCGCAAGCGACGCAAGCUGCUCAAGGAAAAGAAGGAACGCGAACAGAAAGCGAAGGAACUCAAGCGGAUACAGCAAGCCAUUCGAUUGGGUGAAAACGAGUAGAAGUCCUGGUCGUCGAGAGAACACGAUUCACCCCACUAACCAAUACUAACCGAGACAUAUCGAUCAAAUUGGUUCCACAUAUGCACCGUUGCCCAGUCGAUCCCUUUUCGAUUGUUUUCUUUGUGCUUUAAUUAACAAAAAACACAGGAAGAACACGCAAAAGUAUUAUUUAUCAGAAAGAGAGAUAGAAAGGAGGAACAUCUCUGCGAAGCAUAUUUUGUCGGUUAAGGGGAAUCAAAUUUCAAUUGCAUUUCGAUUGAGCGGGAAACCCAAUCUCCAUGCACUUCGCUAGCUCUAUUAGUACUGUACAGUAAAGAUAUACUAUAUAUAGGUCUAGGAUAUAGACACACCACACACACCCACAGCACACCGGACACAGAACACACAUGGCAACCAGUCACGCAUGUUUCCUUAAUAACCGAACUAGAAGUUAGCUAUCAAUUUUAGAGCCAAUAAACCCUACACACGCAAAUCACGGGAAUUUUUAAACUCAAGCACAGAACCACGGGAAUAUUAUAGUGAAGAAAACGUAAGAUUGAACGGAAAACUCCUUUGGGUCAAAGCCCCUGUCCAACUCCCCGCACUUGUUUGCCUAUGGUGUCCUCUAAUCGGGCAUAGCGAAGCAAUAAUUUACUAAUAAUCUUUUGAUAACAUCAUGGUCACCGACCAUUUACUAACUUCUUAGGUUACAAACUAUACUUUACAAAGAUGUAUGUAAUAACUAAAGUAUGUUUAAAUGUAAAUUUUUAUGUAUUUUUUUAAUACCUCAAACGCGAAAAGCAAGAAAAAAAUGGAAAACCCCAAAGGCAACUUUCAGUACGUUUUGUUUUGUUUAAAGUGGAAAUUGAAAGCUGGCAAGGACGGGUAUGAAAUCGAAAGGAAAAGCAAUUUUAUAGCCAAGUAAAUGCAUUUUAAUAGUAAACUAACCAAUUUUAAAUAUUAUUACUCUACACACGGAGAAGUGAAAAGCGAAUAAAACUAAAUAGUCAGCGAAACGUAAGCAAAGAAAUCAUGAAAGAGAAAAGCAGAACACAAAUGAAAUACGAAAUCAUAUGAUAAAAUUACCAUAUAAUAUUUAUGCAAGAUAAAUUCUAGUUAAGACGCAAACAAAGUAAAAUAAUGAAUAAAGUUUGAAAAAACACAAAACAAAGAAGUGGAA